AUGGCGACCAAGUACAAGCGUGUUGCGGUCAUCGGCGCUGGGCCUUCCGGUGCAGCGACUGUGCGAGCGCUGGCGCAGGAAGGCGUGUUUGACACGAUUCGAGUGUUCGACCAGCGGCAUGAAGUGGGAGGGACAUGGGUCUAUGAUGAAGUUCCCGACGAGUUUCCCGUGCCACGACCGGCCGCUGAGGAGAAGAUCCCCGUCCCGGCCAACCUCCCUGCCCUGACCGCUCCUGCUCCACCCGAUCCCACGGUUCGGACCGGCCUGUACCAGCACCUGGACAGCAAUGUUGGAGCCGAAAUCAUGUCCUUUACGUAUGCACCGUUUCCGAUGAUUAACUCGGCGUUCGGGGUCUCAAGAUAUGGUCUGAACAAUCCGACGCGCCCUUGGAAAGUGGUCAAGAAGUACCUGGAGGAUUUGUUCGCACCCUAUCUCCAGUACCUGUCUUUGAAUACCCGUGUCGAGAAGAUUGAAAAAGUCGACGAUAAAUGGCUUUUGACUCUUCGGCGCUCCAACCUCGUCUACCAGGGAAAGACGCAUGACUUCUGGUGGCAGGAGACCUUUGACGCCGUCAUUGCCGCCACCGGCCACUACCUCAUCGCAAACAUCCCCGACGUUCCCGGUCUGGCCGAAACGGCGCGAGCCUUCCCCUCCAAGUUCGAACAUUCCAAGGCGUGGAGGUCGGCGAACAACUACGUCGGUAAACGGGUGGUCGUGGUCGGGGGUAACGUGUCUGCAGCCGACAUAGUGGACGAGCUUUACUCUGUCGCCCAAGCGCCCCUGAUCGUCUCGCAGCGAAGUUCAAAUGAAGCGCUUGAAAACGUGUUCAAUCUGCCGAAUGUGGUUCGAAAGCCUGGGAUCAAGAGUGUAUCUCCAGAAUCUGGCGGAACGGUCGAGUUUGCCGACGGCAGCAGAGUCCAGAACACCGACAAGGUCAUUUUUGCCACGGGUUACAAAUUGUCGUACCCUUACUUGCCGUUUCCGGCCGUGACCCCUGAAAACAGGCUCGCAGGUUUCUAUCAGCAUAUUUUCAACAUUGGAGACCCGAGUCUCGCGGUCGUCGGACAGGUCAAAGCAGCUCUCAGCUUCAGGGUAUACGAGUAUCAGGCGGUGGCAGUGGCGCGCUUUUUAGCAGGUCGAUCGAAACCGCUACCCAGCGUGGAAGAGCAACGCCGAUGGGAGGAGGACCGAAUUCGCUACAAGGGCAGUAACAACCGCUUCCACGAGAUCAAGCCCGAUCUGGGGGAGUAUUUCAACGGGCUGAAGCAGUUUGCAGGCCCGCCUGCAGCUGGAACCGAUGCCUACGAUCUGCCUGCCUUCCAGGACGACUGGGCUGAGAAGGGGUUCGAGAUCCUUCAAUUGAAGGAUAAGUAUUGGAGGAGCCUCCGAAAGGAAAAGGCUCCGGCUACUAUUAUUACUACUUCGAAACCGAAACUAUAG